AUGGAGGCCCUUUGUUCCCGCUUGCGGGGUCUGGCCCAAGAUUGCAUCGACAAACACCUGACAGCUUCCGCAAUCUUUUACGCCGAUAAGCUUGUCACGUUCAGCAACAACUCUCCUGGAGAUGUGUACCUUUUAGCGCAGGCUUACUUUGCCGCGCGACAGUUCCACCGCGCACUGUCGCUGCUGCGGAAUGCGGGCGUCGUGGAGCUCGGCGCUGAGUUCACGUACCUCGCCGGCUGCUGCCUGGCGGAGGCGGGGGACUGGGAGGAGGUGGUGGCACUGCUGGGCGACGAUGAGGCCAUGCAAGAGCCCCAGGCCUACGAGGAUUCGGUUCUGGAGCCCCCCGGCGGCGGUGCGGGUGUGCGGGUGCAGGCGGGUAUGUGCUGUCUUCGUGGCCGUGCGUUUGAGGCUCUGGAGAACCGCUGUCGUGCAGCGGUGUGGUACCAGGUGGCAUUGCAGCUGGACCCCUACUGCUACGACGCCUUCGCAGCUCUCUUGGAGGGCCACCUGCUUUCCAACGAGGCGGAGGUGGUCCUGGUGGACCGGCUGAGGGGCGCGCUGGCCGAGGGGGACAGGUGGCUGGGGCUGCUCAUGAGGGCCAAGUGCAAGAAGGUGCGCCAGCAGCAACAGCAGCAGGGGAAGGGGGAAGGGGUUCAAUCCAACGGCGGUAAUGGCAGCAGCGGUUCUUUCGGUUGCGGUCUUGGCGGCAAUGUGGAUGUGAUUGCUUGUCGAGCGGAGUUGCUGUUCCACAGGGGUGAUUAUGAGGCCGCGUACACCCUAACGCGUCCUGUGCUGUGCUGUGGACGAGAUCCGUACGCGCUGCAGCUGCUGCCCGUACACCUAGCAGCUGCUACGCAGCUAGCGGCGUACGGCGGUGGGGCUCGAGCGGAUUUAUUUCUAUUGGGUCACCGGCUUACGGAGGAGCACCCUGAGCUGGCAGUUUCCUGGUACGCGGUGGGCUGCUAUUACCUGGCCGCCCGGCAGCCCGAGGCGGCGCGGAGGUACCUGGGGAAAGCGACGCAGCUGCAGAAGGGUUUUGCACCCGCGUGGCUGGCGUACGGCCAUGCCUUUUCCGCGCAGGACGAGCGAGACCAGGGUUUUUUUUCUCGCACCCCCCGCACGCAACUGCAGGCUGUGUCCUAUCGGCCUUCUCAACCCGCCGUCCAAAUCCUUUCCUCCUCCUCCUGCGCAUGCGUCACUGCUGUACGGCAGGCGUACAACAUCUGCCCCGACGAUCCCGCUGUCUGUCAUGAGCUCGGCGUCCUGAUGUACAAGUGCGGUCAAACGGCGGCGGCGGCCAUGUGGCUGGACAGGGCGCUACAGCUGCUGCCUGGCGGUCGGCCUACCGUACACUGGGAGGCCACACUGGUAGCUCUGGGGCACUGCAUGCGGAAGCUGUGUCGCUUCCCGGCCGCGGCGGAGUGCUACUCGGCCGCCCUGGCCCUGGCCCCCGCCUCCCCCGGCACCCUGGCGGCCCUGGGCUACGUGGCCCAGUUGGCGGGUGACCCACGGGUCGCUGUGGAGCAUUACCAUGCGGCCCUGGCGCUGCGGCCGGAUGACCCCUUCACCACAGACAUGUUGAGACUGGCGCUGCAGGUAUACGGUGGAUAG